CAAUAACAGUAGACAACAAUGGCAAAGCUCCGUUCAAAGACAGCAUUCUUGUCAUGGACUUUGUUAAUUGUAGUUACGCUGAUCGGCGCGACUUUUGGAUGCAGCAGUCAUAGCGAAGAACGUAAACCAAGACACCGAUACCGUUAUCACUUCAACGAUCCGCGCUACCAUGACUCUAUUCCAGCUAAUCGUAAGCACGUUACGACCAGUCCCGCCGACAAACUCUUGGUACCAGAAUAUGAAUUGGCAGUCCCACAAACUAGCUGCGGAAGGACACUGUGCGCCAACAUACUGAAUUACCCAUUGGAAGAAAUCAAUGGUGCGCUAGAUCGCGUCCGCAAUAUCUUGAGACCUGGUGAUACAAUAAUUGCGCUCCAACGGAAAGGAUUGAGCUACGGUAACUUCACUUCGAAAUACGACAGUUUUUGGUAUGGCGAACGCGCCCCCGAUCACGAAUUCCUCGAUGAAACUACUGACUGUAAAGAGCGCAUAAACACGAUUUAUCCGCAAGAAGGUCAGAGCAGCGAGGACGGAAGGGUCUACUACGUUGUCAACGUGCCAACUGCGUACAGGGGUUUGACUCAAAUGGUGUGCGAGAGCGGCAACAGCCAAAUGUGCAUCAAAGGCAAUGACUUGCUAGAUGCAAGCCGAACCUGCCGUCAAAUGUACCGCGAGGAAAAACUUGUCGUGUUACCGAUUGGCAAGCGCCACUUCGACGUGGAGGAUUUCGAGCUCAAACCAGUCUAUGUCCCCACGGGCUGCGCUUGCAUUCCGACUCCUUGAAAUUUAUCACUUUUCAUUUAUUUAUAAAAGCGAUAAAAACAAUAUUGCACUAAUAUUGUAACCUGUGUUUUCAUUUCUUACCUGUCGCUUCAUGUGUACAGUAAAAUCAAUAAUAUAGAUUGUCAAUUCAAUCUCACGUUAUUAAGUAGUUUCGAUAAAUAACAGUUUAUGGCACAUAUUCAACACUGCAUUUGCUAAAAAAUAUUAAAAGGCCCUUUAUACGAUCGACGUUCGGUUAAGCUAAACUAGCAUUGAGUGCGAAAGGUUUUUCAGCGAUGCAAUGUUUAUUUUUCACACUUUUGAUUAGAAUAAGUAGUUAAAUAGUGGAGUAAGCGGGAAGAGUAAGUUUGGCGUGAAAGACUUCAAAAUGAAAAUUCCAUGUGUCAACGACUUGCAUCUACACUGCUUCUUAUUCACGGUUCGUAUUUAAGUUUGUUUUAUGUAAUAAAAUAUAUUGAUUUGUAUAGUGCGUUAAUC